GUUGUAUUUUCAGCUAAUAUGCUCCUCUGGGGGACUGUGUGAUAAUUAUUUGUAAGGUAACAAUGAUAUUCUUAUUUUCCUUGCCUAACCGCUCUACGUUUUGUUUUGUCUGGUGCUUUCCGAGAUUUUACAUUGUACACCUCAGGGAAAUAGCGCCGUAGUGGUGUGUGUGUGCGUGGACACGGCCGUUAGAAUGUCGCGUUACCCUACGCUGUGCAACAACGGUUACGAGCUGGGCCGUACGAUCGGCACCGGCGGCUUCGGUAAGGUAAAAUUGGCCACGCACACUCUGACCGGCGAAAAGGUGGCCGUCAAGAUCAUGGACAAGACCAAGCUGGGCAAGGACUUGCCGCGCGUCAAGCUCGAAAUCAGUGCGCUCAAGACGCUGUCGCACCCCAACAUCUGCAAACUGUACCAGGUGAUCGAGACCGAAACUCAUUGUUACGUCGUCAUGGAAUACUGUUCGGGCGGCGAACUGUUCGAUCACAUCGUCGAGAAGAGCCGGCUGAGCGAAAUGGAAUCCAGACGGUUUUUCAGGCAAAUCAUAUCGGCCGUAUCGUAUUUGCACGACAAAGGCUAUGCCCACAGAGAUUUGAAACCGGAAAACGUGCUUUUGGACAAAGACCAAAAUCUGAAACUCAUCGAUUUCGGCCUUUGUGCAAAACCACAAGGCGGUAUGGAAAGUCUGUUGUUGACGUCUUGUGGAUCGCCGACGUAUGCCGCCCCCGAACUCAUUAAAGGUGUAAAGUAUCAUGGAUCCGAAGUGGACAUUUGGAGUAUGGGUGUCAUACUGUAUGCUUUGUUAUGUGGAUGUUUACCAUUCGAAAGUGAUAACAUCGAUGAACUCUUUAGGAAAAUCAUGAAAGGUAAAUAUGGCGAGCCAGGCUGGCUGUCGUUGGGUAGUAAGCGUUUACUAAGACGAAUGUUGUGUGUAGAUCCAUUACACCGUAUACGAAUUAAAGAGUUAAUUAAUGACCCGUGGGUCAAACUGGGAUUCGGCUGUCCGCCACAGACUUCUUCUUUGAACGGUGAUCAAAUAAAAGACAACGAAUGUCUGGAUGUCAUGAGUCAAUAUUACAAUAUUGACAGGGACGUCUUGUGGGAACGCCUGUCCAAAUGGAAAUACGACAGCGAUAGUGCCACUUAUUUAUUGUUAAUGAAUCAGAAAAAGUCUGGCGAUCCAAUACGUUUAAAGAAAAAAGAAUUGCCCAAGCCUCAAGAAUAUGUUAUAAGGAGACCCGUGGCUUUGCACACUCCUAGUCAAGAAAACCGAAGGGUUGUUGGCCGUGCAGUCCGAAGAAAGUUGGAAGAAGCGAAUCCGACUAUACCUACAAAAAUCAAACGAAAUUCCAACAUUGAAACUCCACAGCAAAGCACCUCGACACAAAGUAGCCCGGGCGGUAAGAUACUUGAUUCGCUCGAAAAGAAAUUGGGUUUUGAUCGGGUUAGAAAAGCUCUUACUCCACGGCGUCGAAAUGUUGCUCAGCCGCAGAGAAAACCUGAAGUAUUGAAUUUAAAAAAAGACUUGUGUAACAUAUCGACAACGGUGUGUAAGGAUCCGGAAAAAGUGUUGGACCAACUAGAAGACGCGUUGGUUAAGAAGAAUGUAAUUUGCACAAGAAAGGGCUUUGUGCUCAGAGGCAAACUGAAAAGCGACAUGGAUGAAAAGUUAAAAUUAUCCUUCGAACUAGAGAUCUGUAUGGUGCCUUCAAUGAACAAAGAUAAUGGAUGUGUUGUAGCCAUCCAAAGAAAGCGUCUUAAAGGCGAUUCGUGGAUGUACAAAAAAAUAUGCGAAGAAAUUCUAAAUUUUACUGCAAAAUGUGAUACAAUUCAAGAAUAAACAAAUAUUCGUUUAUAUCUAACUGUAGAAUUAUUUUUAUUACUAUUAUUUUUUUUUUUGACAAUAUAAUAUCUUUAAGUUGUGCUUAAAUCUAAAUAUUGAAUUCAACAGAGUUGUGAUCGAUUAAGUUAUAAAGUUUAAAACUAUAAUUUGGCUAUUUCAAGUUGACAAAAUUAAUUUUUCGAUAUUUAUUAUACUGUAUUCUGUUAUGUGAAAUAUUUAAUUAUUUUGAAAGUUGACUAACGUGUAAAUAUUAAAAUAAAUUUUACGCUUAAAUUAAUAUUUACUAAAACAUAAACCAGGGUUGCUAUUUGUUAGUAUACACUCUUCGUUGUUAUGCUAUGCCUAAAUUAUAAUA